UUGCCCAGAGAAAUUCUUGAAGCCACGCCAAAAGUUCGAUCUUGAGAGAGAGGGGAAAGCCUUGGCAAAUCCCUAAAUUGUUGCGCUGUUCUUGGGAUCCCUGUAAUUUCUUGCGUGAUUUGUAGGAUUAAGACAUGAGAUCAUCAGAAGCAAUUCCAAUUGGGGCUGUGGAACAACUUCAUUUUGUUCCUAGCAUUCGUUCUGGUAGCUUUGCUGCCAUUGGCCCUAGGAGAUAUAUGGAAGAUGAACACAUCCGCAUCGAUGAUCUUUCAACGCACUUGGGCUCCAUGCUUAGGUGCCCGACACCGAGCGCGUUCUACGGGGUUUUCGAUGGCCAUGGAGGUCCGGAUGCAGCAGCUUUCUUCAAAAGGCAUGCCAUAAGGUUUUUAUUUGAAGAUGCAGAGUUCCCACAGGCAUUUGAACCCAACAGAGAUUUCUUGAACUCAGUUGAGGACUCUGUGAAGAUGUCAUACCUUGCUGCUGAUCUUGCCUUGGGUGAUGAUUCCACUAUUAGCAGCUCUUCCGGGACUACGGCACUCACAGCACUUGUGUUUGGGAGGCAUCUUGUGGUUGCCAAUGCUGGGGAUUGCCGAGCUGUCCUAUGUAGGAAAGGUGAAGCAGUGGAAAUGUCACAGGAUCACCGACCCAUCUAUGCUGCGGAACGCCUUAGGGUUGAGGCUUCCGGAGGCUACAUUGAUGAUGGUUAUCUCAACGGGGUGCUAUCAGUCACCCGUGCCUUGGGAGAUUGGGACAUCAAAACAUCUCGAGACUCGCUGUCGCCUCUGAUUGCAGAACCUGAGUUCAAGCGGGUCAUGCUUACCGAGGACGACGAAUUCUUAAUCAUUGCUUGUGACGGGAUAUGGGAUGUGAUGUCGAGCCAGCAUGCUGUUGGCAUCGUGCGCAGGGGGCUCGGGCGGCACGACAACCCCGAGCAAUGUGCUAGAGAGCUAGUGCUGGAGGCGCUGAGGCUCAAGACAUUCGACAACCUCACAGUCAUCGUGGUCUGCUUCUCCGAUGAAUCUCGUAAUUCUUCACCCACCCUCAGGUUCGGAAGUCGGAAAAGCUUAUCGGUGGAUGCUCUGUGCAACCUGAAGAGCUGGUUGGAUAAAGAUGGCUAUAAAUGAGUUUUGAGUAAGGAUUGUUGAAGAUAACUAAAAACUAUGAUAAAGAAACCUCCAUUAAUCCUUAACUUCGGCUGGGUAGAGAGAGGAGACGAGCAGUUUUUGUGGCAUGGUGUUUCAUGCAUUGUUCUUAUGGGAAGAAGGGGGGAAGAGCGGUUGUCUGUAAGUAAUAUUGAAGGUGGCAUGGUGUAUCAGGAUGAUGAUGAUGGUGUACAUUAAUUACUUCUUUUUGCUACGUAAAAGAACCGCUUUGUCAUC